AGGCAAGAGUACUGAACGAAUGUCACGUUAUAUAAUUAAUCUUCAUGAGGUUUCCAGCGUUCACGUUAUCGUAGAACGCGUUUAAGUCGCAAAGAGAUUAAACUAAUGUCAUCGUCUAAUGAGUUAGACGCAAACUGUUAAUUAAAUACACCAAAACCGAAAGAACCACGUUUUGUUGCGAUUCCUACAGAGACAGAGUGAAAUGGCAGAAGCUAAUAUUUCAGUGGCUCAGGAUCAGUUCUGUUGUCCGGUUUGUUUGGAUCUCCUGAAGGAUCCAGUGACCAUUCCCUGUGGACACAGUUACUGUAUGAACUGUAUAACAAGCUGCUGGAAUCAGGAUGAUGCGAGGGGAGUCUACAGAUGUCCUCAGUGCAGAAAAACCUUUACUCCAAGACCUGAUUUAGGGAAGAAUGUAAUGCUUGCUGACAUGCUGGAGAAACUGAAGAUUAGAUUCCAAGCUACUCGCCCUGCUCCCCAUCACACCGCAUCUGGAGAUGUGGAGUGUGGCGUCUGCACUGAAGGAAAACUCAAAGCCGUCAAGUCCUGUCUGGUGUGUCUCAACUCUUACUGUCAAAAUCAUCUUGAACAACAUGAAAAUCUCUUCAAGAGUAAGAAACACAACUUGAUUGAUGCCACUGGACGACUCCAGCAGAUGAUCUGCCCUCGACAUUAUAAAAUGCUGGAAAUGUAUUGCCGCACCGACCAGAAGUGUAUUUGUAUUCUGUGUAUGGUGGAUGAACACAAGAACCACGACACUGUAUCAGCUGCAGCAGCGAGAACUGAGAAACAGAGACAUUUGGAGGAAACACAGAGUAAACUCCAGCAGAGAAUCCAAAAGAAAGAGAAAGAUGUUCAGGAUCUGAGAGAUGCUGUGAUGCUUCACAAGCGCUCUGCACAGACAGCAGUGGAGGACUGUGAGCUGAUCUUCACUGAGUUGAUCUCAUCCAUUGAGAAAAGGCGCUCUGAGGUGACACAGCUGAUCAGAGAUCAGGAAAAGGCUGCAGUGAGUCGAGCUGAAGAACACUUGGAGCAACUGGAGCAGGAGAUUGAUGAUCUGAGGAGGAGAGUCGCUGAGAUGGAGCAGCUUUUUUUCACACAUGACGACGUCUAUGUCCUCCAGAGUUUCCAUUCUCUCUCUGUCUCUGAAUCUACAGAAAACAUCAAUGUCAGUUCUCAUCUCUCUUUUGAUAAUGUAAUAAAAUCAGUCUGUGAACUGACAGACAAACUGCAGCGUUUCUGCAGAAAGGAGACUAAGAAGAUAUCUGUGAGACACAUUCAGAUCAUACCUGCUCCUGAAUACGAUACCAGGGAGGAAUUCCUUCAGUGAGGACAAUAUGUCAAAGAAUUCUAAAUCCUUGGGCUCUGGAGACAUUAAAAGACACUCAAGUUGAUGCCCCUGAGCAGGCUGCGAGCCUGGGAGUCGAUUUAGACAGAGAAGUGCAGGAAAUGUGGCGAGAGAUGCUGAACAUGUCAGCAAUGCUCACGAAGUUCGUUGCUGACUUGGAGGAUCUUGCUGUGAUAUGUCAAUUGAUUACUGCCAUUGAGGCGAACUUCUCUGAUGUGGUUACAAGAGUGGGGGAUGUCGAGAAACGGAUCGAUUAUCUGGAGUCAUCGAAGAGGGAAUUAUCUGCUAAUCCGCUAGUGACCAAGGUGGAUUUGGAGCAUGUCUGGGAGAAGUUGGAGUACAUGGAGAACCGUAGCCCGCGGAAUAACGUCCGUACCAUUGGAAUCCCUGAGGGAGCAGAGGGACAGGAUACAGUGAAAUUCCUGGAUGUGCUUUUUCCGAAUCUGCUCGACAUAGCAGGCCAUAAGCUGGAAAUUGAGCGAGCUCACAGGGUUCCUGCUUGUCGACCCGCAGAGGGAGAAAGGCCCCGAUCAAUUCUGGCCAAAUUUCUGAGAUCGUCCGAUAAAGAUCUUGUGUUAUGUGAGGUGAGGAGUAAAGGAAGGCUUUCUUGGAAGAACCACAGCAUUUUCUUUUUCCCAGACUUUGCAAAUUCGACGAGAGAAAUGUGAUCGAUUCAAAGAAUGCAAGAAACUUUUACACCAACGGAAGGUCGCUUUUGCACUGAUAUUCCCAGCCAAAUUAAGAAUAGAUGCUAAGGAUGGCCGUAAAACAUUCACAUGCCUACAGCAAGCGAUGUCCUUCAUAAAGUCAAUGGAGUGAGCAAGUCAUCUCGUUGUACUCACGUUGCAGCCGAGUGGACCGGCUCACUGAACAUUCGCUUGACUGUUUGAAGAUUCUGCGUGCUCUUUUUUUUAUUUUUUUAUUUUUUUUAUUUUUUUUUUUUUUUGCUGGUUCCGCCUAGCGGCUGGAGUUUGUUUUUUGGAGUAUUUCUUGCAAAGACAUUGGAGUGAUUAAGUCAUUUGGUUGCACUCAUUUUGCAGUUGAGUGGACCGGCUCACUGAACAUUUGAUUGACAUAAUACUUUUAAAGAAUUCUAUCUUGGUCUUUAUAUUUCCGCAUCUUCGUCUACUGAAGAGGAUAUUAGAAACUUUGUGGAGCCAUUAGAACUUCCUAAACUGUCGGCUGAGCAAAAAAAUUCUCUUGAUUCUGAGAUAAACUUGGAGGAGCUUGAUGAGGUAAUUAAGGCCCUGCCUACAGGCAAGGCUCUGGGGCCAGAUGGUUUUGCUGCUGAAUUUUUUAGAUCUUAUGCUACAGAACUGGCUCCACUUUUGCUAUAAGUUUAUACGGAAUCAUUAAAGAAUGGAAAGCUUCUGCCAACCAUGACACAAGCCUGGAUCAGUCUGAUUCUUGAAUAGGACAAAGAUUCAAACGAGUGUAAGAGUUACCAUCCAAUUUCCCUGAUCCAACUAGACAUUAAAAUAUUGUCAAAAAUGUUGGCUAAGCGAUUAAGUAAGGUUAUGACAUCUCUUAUACAUAUAGAUCAGGUGGGGUUUAUUCAGGGCCGCAGUUCUUCUGACAACAUUAGGCAUUUCAUCAUUAUCAUGUGGUCAGUGGCGAAUGAUCAGAUUCCGGUCUUCCAUCUCACUUGACGCCGAAAAGUCGUUUGAUAUGGUAGAAUGGGAUUAUCUUUUUAAGAGUUUGGAAAUUUACUAGUUCGGGAAUACUUUUAUUGGAUGGAUUAAGUUACUUUAUAGACACCUGGUAGCAGCGGUACAAACAAAUGGAUUAAUUUCAGAUUAUUUUACUCUGGAUAGGGGCACUCGGCAGGGUUGCCCUCUUUCCCCAUUAUUGUUCUGUCUUGCCCUGGAACCAUUAGCAGCCGCAAUAAGAAAGGAGGACUUUGAUUUUCCAGGGGUGGUGGCGGGAGGUGUGGCACAUAAGCUUUUGCUUUAUGCAGAUGAUAUUUUAUUAUUUGUCUCUGACCUUACUAGAUCUAUGCCUUGCCUCCACAGAAUUAUUAAUUCCUUUUAUAAAUUCUCAGAAUACAGAGUAAAUUGGUCUAAAUCCGAAGCUUUGGCUCUGACAGCGUACUGUCCAGUAACGGCUUUUCACCCAGGCGCCUUCCAGUGGCCCAAACAGGGCAUUAAGUAUUUGGGGAUUUUAUUCCCAGCAAAUUUGUGUGAUUUACUUAGAGUUAAUUUUGACCCUUUAAUAAAAAUGUUAUCAAGCGUUGUGGGCAGGUGGGCUUCAUUACAUUUAUCUAUGAUUGGGAUGUUUAAUGUUAUUAAAUUGAAUUGUAUUCCAAAUUCAACUACCUGCUACAAUCUCUCCCUAUAGAUGUCCCCCUCUCUUAUUUUAAGCAAUCUGAUAGCAUUGCGAAGUCCUUCAUUUGGAAUGUUAAGCGUCCCAGAUUACAUUUCAAUAAAUUACAUAGGCCGAUUGACAAAGGUGGGUUAGGCCUACCCAAGAUUUUGUUUUAUUAAUAUGCAUUCGGUCUCAGACAUUUGAUUCAUUGGUCACUUCCACCUGAGAGAGCCCCUCCCUGGUUUUGUAUUGAACAGGAAUUUCUUGCCCCUAUUUCACCAUUGCAAAGCUUUUCUAUCAAAUUAACCGGAGAAGUUGAGUUACACCUCGUUAAAAGUGUCCAGAGUGUUUAAUUCUGACAUUUAUUUAAAUGUUGCUUAGAGCAUAUGGCUGAACCCAAAGUUAUGUAUUAAUAAGUCCCCUUUCUGCUGGACGGAGUGCAUUGUGAGGGAGGUUAAUACGCUCGGUGACCUAUAUGAGAGUGGAGUGUUGAGAUCCUUUGAAAAUAUGGUUCAACAUUUUGGGAUUCCCAGGUCUCAAUUCUUUAGGUAUUUACAGCUGUGCCACCUGCUCUGUACUAUUUUUGGGAGUAGCAUACAACCCCCCCCCACCCCCCAGAUAAUCUGGGAGCGGUGAUUACUGCUUUUGGAAAAGGUCAUGAGGCAUCAGUGUAUUACUCCAUGCCAAUUCAGAGUCUGGGGAAAGGAGCUUCAAAUUCUCUCAAGAGAUUAUGGGAGAAAGAUUUAAACUUGGUAUUGGAGGAGGGAGUGUGGGCUAGGAUUCUAAAGAACAUCAAGUCUACAUCCAGAGAUGCAAGGGUGCGCCUUAUGCUAUUUAAGAUUUUACAUCGAUUCUAUUGUCAAGUCAUUUUUAUUUGUAUAGUGCCUUUCACAGCACACAUCGUUUCAAAGCAGCUGUACAGAAAAUCAUGCAUUAACAGAAAAUGAAACUGUAAUAUCUAUAAUGUCUUUAAUCUCCAAUCUUUUGGACACCCUCUAGAUUGUAUAGGCUGGGUCUUAAAGACACACCCACCUGCUGGUGAUGCCUAUCAGUAGAUGGGGACACAACCCAUGUUUUUUGGUGGUGUGUUAAGAUCCAAGAAUUUUGGUUGAGGGUUCAGAGUUGUACGUGUGACGUAUUGGGCACUCAAAUGUCAUUUUGCCCCAGACUCUGUAUUUUAGGUGAUGGGGCGGUCAUUAAUUUAGGGAAUAAAUGCAUAAAAAAUUGGGUCCUAGCCAGUGUUAUGAUCGGCAGACAAAUUAUUCUUAGGGGAUGGAAGUCGGCUGGAGCGCCCUCAUUUCAAGAGUGGUGCACAGUGAUGGGGAGGGUAGCGGCAUUUGAGAAAAUGUCAUGUAGAAGGCUAGGCAACUUAGAUUUAUUUAAUAAAAAAUGGGGCAGCUAUUUGGCCUUUUUGGAGGACUCUCGGGGAGGGGCAGUGGAGAGAGAAGUGUUG